AAAGCGCCCUCUGGGUGACUCACCGCAACUAAUUCUUCUAUCACAAGAAAAAUGGGAAUUUGAGGCUUGAUACUUUUUUGGGGCCCAACACAAUUAAUUGUUAAAAACUGUGGUUCAAAGUGUGUGUUAAGAGCACACGUGUGAUUUUUCAAAUAAAAUUACACCACCCGCGCUGUCUACUGUCAUUUUCUUAACCUCUCUCUAGCUGUCACUGUGACGUUUCGCCACGUUUGUUUGUGAAAUUUCGGCCCCAUUUCCACAAUGGUCGAGGCGGCCACUAUGAUGCGAUACGUCUCUCCGGUGAACCCCGCCGUUUUUCCAUCCCUAACUUUGGUUCUUUUGGGAAUUGGGAUUUUCUUCACGGCGUGGUUCUUCGUCUACGAAGUGACGAGCACGAAACAGUCCCGAGACCUCAAAAAGGAGCUCCUAGUGUCGCUCGUCGCGUCAAUUUUUUCCGGUUUUGGAAUCUUAUUCCUAUUACUAUCAGUUGGCAUUUACGUUUGAUAAAUUUAAGAUAGUUAUUGUUACAAUUACAAAUGUAUCGAUUUUCUAAUACUUAAUAAAAAAAAUAAUAAUAAAAA